AUGAAGCGGAUAUUCAACGUAAUCGGCAAACGGACAAAGGAUGCGAAAUUCCAGCAGAAAGCGAUCAGAAAGAUGGAGGACAUUGAGAAAGGUGAAAAAAUUUUGGCACCAAAACUUCCCACCGAAGAGAAACGCUUCCUGUCUGCGCUGAAGGAUGAUAAAGUGAAGGAGCUCGUCAACAAAAAGGAAACGGCUUUGAUUGAGAACAUGAACAAAAUCAAGAUUUCUUCUACGGAGCCAGUGGAGCGAUGGACGCCUACGCGAGAUCUACCCACACGCGAAUCUGAAUGGAUGCAUCGAAACGAUCCUGUUUGGGAGUACGGAUUUUACGAACCGGAAGAGCAUCGAAUUCCGAGAAACAAGCUGAUGUUUCGCGAAGCUCUUGAGAGUGGCCUACCGAUGCAUCGGUUCAGGGCUGCUAUUCUCCCAGACAAGUCUGCUACAAAUGUGGAAGAUGCGCGUGCUGUUUACGAAAAGCACAAAGCUGUGGUACGGGUUGAUAAAGAGAAGCUUGACGAUAUGUGGGAAUACUUCCGACCAUUUGUGAGAAAAGACUAUCAGAAGGUGAGUUCCACGUUUGAUUUCGGGGCAUUUUACUAUUCAAGUAGUGCAAAUUCUUUAUUAUCAUAA